CUUUUUUUCUUUUUUUUCGUCCACUAUUUUUUUUCUCUUUCUUUUGCUAAUUUUUGGUUGAUAUUCUAAUAUGUCUUUCAAAAAAGAUCGAUUAGAUGGGCAGCUUCAACAGCCAGAGACGUUUACAAUACCAAAUAAUAAUAACAGAGAUAAAAUUUUGCGUCCGCUCAAACCCGUCAUUGAAAACAAGGAACUAUCGACAGUUGGUGAGCCAUCUAUUACCCAGCAACCGCCAGAUCUUGUUGUGCCUCAGUCACAGUCAUACCAAUCAUUGCCAACACAAAGACAAAGCAAUGUUAGUUUUAUAAAUACUAGCAGUAACAAUAGUACAAAUCGAAAAGGACGCCGUGUACUAAAUCGAUUUGAAUCCGCACCUCAAGAGGGCUGGAAACUAAUUAAGAAAUGGGUAGGAAAUAAUCGACAGCAAAAGGAGAUCAGUAAACAACAACAAACAAUCAGCUUGGAGAGACAGGCAGAGAUCAAUACAAUAACUCCCAUCAUCAUGGCCAUGUUUUUUAUUAAAGACGAAGAGGACAAAAAAAGAAUACCUGUAUUCCUAAAUAACAUGACCGUCAAAGUGUCCAAACUGGAAGAGAGCGAUGACGAUUAUUUCAACUCAAAGCGUAAAAAAUUUCGUGGCACCAUCUUUAGAAUCACAGUUCAUUAUGGCACAGGGCCUGGAAAAAUUACUUGGUCCGUCUAUCGCAGAUAUUGGGAUUUUGUCAAGCUACACUACAGAUACAAGAAAAAAUACAGCACAAGCACUCCUAAUGGUACAAAUACAAUGCAUAGUCGUGUAGGACUACCAAAGUUUCCUAGUCUACCAAGGCAUCACUUUAGGAAACAACGAAAAAGAGAUUACGAAAGCAGAGUCCCCAUGAGUAGGCUGCCUACCACUACCAGCCAAAACAGUACAGGCAGAGACCCUGUGAACCAAGGAGACUCAGUCAUGGAUGAAGAAGCUGUCAUGGCUCUUAUGCAACCGGAAGAUAUACUUCAACAUCAAGCGAGUACUCCCUCCGAGGUUGAUCCCAGCAUCAUUUCCUCUCAAGUCAUGGAAGUUGUGAAAGCAGACACAACUGUACUAAAAGCCAUGGAAUUGUAUUUAAACCAAUUUAUUGCAUCUAUUGAGCCCAGUGGCUAUAUCAACAGACUCUGUAAAUUUCUAGAGAUCUCUGCUUUAGGCAUUCACUUAGCUGCCAAAUACCCCAUCACCAGCUUUCAUGGAAAGGAAGGCUUUGCUGUAUUUCAAAGUAGAACAGAUCGCGAUCCCAAGCAUUCACGCAAGUUUUUACAAGAUGGAUUUGUAUGUUCUUUUCCUACUACAGGUGGUAGAAGAAGAAGAAAGCCUAAAUGGAUUAUCGUGCGCGAAAGUUACGUGAUUUGCGUUGAUGACCCUAGCGAGUGUGAAAUCUAUGACGUAUUUUUAUUUGAUCAAGCAUUUGAUGUUCACAGACUUGCUAAAUUUGGCGAUAGAUCAAAUCAUCAUGUUCAUAAUAGCAAAAAGAAGUUUAGUAACGCUUUGGCUAAUGCAUCUCACUGGACAUCUAAAAAAUCAACCGUUUGUUUGAAAACGAUGCAAGGCGUGUACCAUUUUAGAGCUAAAAAUGAGCAACAAGCCAAACAAUUUGAAGCUUCAAUCCAGAGUAUGGCCAAUAGGUCAGUUUGGCCCAAAGUGAAUCGGUUUAAAAGUUUUGCUCCUAUCCGCUGUAAUGCCGCAGUAGCUUGGUUUGUGGACGGAAGAGAUUACUUUUGGGAUGUGUCUGUUGCCCUUGAAAAUGCUACAGAGUCUAUCUAUAUUCAUGAUUGGUGGCUGUCACCUGAACUAUUUCUUCGAAGACCUGCUGCCCAAAAUCUAGAAUGGAGGUUAGACCGACUUUUAAGACGUAAAGCCGAUCAAGGAGUAAAAGUCUAUAUUGUCAUGUACAAGGAAGUGGCUAUGGCAUUGCCCCUAUUCUCGCAUCAAGCAAAAAGACACUUACUAUCUUUGUCACCAAACAUAUUCGUGCAACGACAUCCAUCUCGUGCUCUUGAUAUCUUUAAUAAGAAUAGUAUCUUUUUUUGGGCUCAUCAUGAAAAGAUUUGUGUGGUGGAUAAUGAAGUGGCAUUUAUCGGUGGACUGGACCAAUGCUUUGGGAGAUAUGAUACGCCUGGGCAUACACUGAUUGACGAUUUUGAUCCGGAACUUGUCAGUACAAAUGAGAAUCCACAAGUAUGGCCCGGUAAAGAUUAUUCCAACCCUCGUAUUAUCGACUUCCACACGCUGGAUAAACCGUUUGAAGAUAAUAUGGAUCGAUCCACUUUACCUCGCAUGCCAUGGCAUGAUGUAUCCAUGCGACUGGUAGGACAACCAGUUCGCGAUAUUUCUCGUCAUUUUGUUCAGCGUUGGAAUUUUCUGCGCAGGAAGAAACCUUCUGCUCCAAAACGGCCUACGCCCAUGUUGUUGCCUGUACCCGACAGCUAUAAUAAGCACCUUGGAAUUGAUGAUCCACGCAUAUGUCAUCCACAUACAAGUGAAUCAUGUCGUGUUCAAAUUUUGCGCAGCGUAUCUCCUUGGAGUAUCGGUUCCAUUGAUCAUGUUGAACAUAGUAUCCAGACGGCCUAUGUUGAGUCUAUUCAUGAUUCCAAGUAUCUGAUUUAUAUUGAGAAUCAAUUUUUUGUUACCUCAACCAAAUCUGGAUCGACAGUGAUUGAAAAUAAAAUCGGCGAUGCUAUUUAUAACCGUAUCUUGCGCGCACAUCAACUAGGUGAGGCAUGGAGGGCAAUCCUUAUUGUGCCUCUUGUACCUGGAUUUACCGCCAAUGUGGAUGAAACGGAAGGCACAACCGUUCGUAUUAUCAUGCAACUGCAAUACCUAUCUGUGAGUCGGGGACCGGACUCCUUGAUAGGUCGUUUACAUGCAGCUGGAAUUACCAACACACACGAGUACAUUAACUUUUAUGGGCUGCGAAAUUGGGGUGAAUUGAAUGGUCAGUUCGUUACUGAACAGGUGUAUAUCCAUGCAAAGACAAUAAUUGUAGAUGAUUGCAAGGUUAUUAUUGGAUCUGCAAACAUAAAUGAAAGAUCACAGCUAGGAACAAGAGAUUCUGAGAUUGCUGCCUGCAUUGAAGAUGACACGGAUCUGAUCGAUUCUUUCUUUAACGGCGUACCGGUAAAAGUGGGUAGAUAUGCACACACUUUAAGAAUGCGACUCAUGUGUGAACAUAUUGGUUUGGAUGUGGAUCGAGCGGACAGGGAAAAAUACAGCCAAAACGUAGCGAAUGAACAAAGAUACAUGAAAGAGCCUGCCUGGCACAAUUAUGGUAAUCGUGAUAAGGAUAAAGUAGAUUGUAUUCCUCCCUAUAUUGAAGUUACAGCGACUGAUCAAAAAAAGUCGGUCGAAAAAAGCAAGAUCCAACAAGAGGAAAAGGAUGAAGUGUCUAUGAGUGAAUUAAAAAUGUCUAACACAGGUGGUACUUCCGACAGUUCUGAUACAGCUAGUCAAACAUCGUCUAAUAAAGGCAUAUUUCAUGGAAUCAAGCAUUUUGCAAAAGAAUUGCAUUCGGAUAAGAAUCAUCCCAGUCAACGAAAAGAUACAUUAUCUCCCACAUCAUCCACAAACAACGAUCACUUGACAAUCCAGCCAGUCAACUCAAACGACAGCAACUCACAAAGUGCCAAUCUGUUAUCACCAACCAAGUCCAUUUUUAGCAAGCGUAAGAGCACAAAAGAGGAUUAUGUCGAGUUUUGGACAUCAUUAGAUUGUGACACGGACAACAAUGGAGAUGUAAAAUAUUCACAGGAGGAACUAGAGGAAAAGAAUGCAGCAUUUAACUACCCCGGGUACUACAAUAGUGCUACGACUGAGCCAUUAGUGAUGGGGGAUAAAACAGUGGGCGAAGUGUACCGCAUUUUGCAAGACCCAUUAACGCAAGAAUUUCAGGAAUUUUGGCACAUGUUGGCAAGAGUGAAUACGGAUUUAUUCCGUCGAUCCUUUUUGGUUACACCCGAUAAUAAUGUCCGAACCUGGGACCAAUAUCAUCAUUAUAUAAAGAUGGCCAAGUUGUUUCUGGGACGAACAGACCCCAAGCAUGGAGGGACAAAGACGACAUCAGCAGCUGCUAAUGUUACUGCUUUACCGUUAGAGAAUAUGGCGGUCGAUACUAUUGCAGAUAUUCUCAAGCAUAUCCGAGGUCAUUUGGUGAUAUGGCCUAUGCAUUUUAUGGAGGAAGAUGACAAUAACAACGAAUUUUUGUUUCAUGUGGAUAAAAUUGUGCCAGGAGAGAUUUUUGAUUAAUUAUAAUAACAUGUUAUUUUAUUUAACAAAAAAAAAAAAAAAAUUAUAUAUAUACUAGAGAUAAUAAUUAACAGUUGAAAGGAGAGAAAAAAAAAUCUACAAUGAUGUUGUAUGGUUUGAUUUUUUUUUUUGUUUCAUAAAAAGUAUGUAUAAAAAAGAGGAAUUACAAGCAAAAAGAAAUGAAAAUCAUAUAUAUAGUUUUUUUUUUUCGGUUCAAAAAUAAAUAGAAUGUAAAAAAAGAAA